AUACGGAAUACUUGUAAGCAUUUAUAAGAAAGCGCAAAGCUUUCUAACACACCAAUUGUGUUUCGCCAUUUCGAUUUCUCCCAAUUCGAAAAUCUCUCAGCAGCAGAACCUUCGACUGCAAAACGACUGCUGAAUUCUCUCGGAUUUCUUUCCUAACAAAAUCCCGAGAAUAGUUGCAGAAAAUGGAUUCGAUUGUACCCUGUUUCGACCUGAAUCUGUACACUGAACCCAAUUCUUCAUCUACCGACAUCCCAAAAAAAAUCACCCCCAAAAUGGAACCCAUUGAUGAACACCCACCAUUUCUAACCCCUACAGACCACAAAAUCCCCUCUGUUCCUCCACCGUCAGAGCUCGACGUCUCGUCGGAAUUCAACCGCAUUUCGGAGUUGUUUCGCACCACCUUCGCCCAAAGACUCCAGAAGAACGGUGAGGUAGCUAUGCUUCCUGACGUAGACCCAAAUUUGGGUGCUAUAGUUCCGUACAACAAUCCUGAAGCCCAGGUUGCUAAUGCAGUUAUAUUGCCGCGUGUUGGCCGGAAACAUGACCAGCGGUCGGCAGAGCUCGUCCGGGUUACGGAUCUUAGACCCGAGGACUAUCGUUGUUUUCGGGGCAGAAUUCGUCGGACCCGGUUGCUAUUUGACUCUCUGCGUGCCUUCUUGGUUGCACAGAUUGAGAAAGGCCGUAAUUCUUUGACCCCUCAGAGACGGUUAAGAGUGGAUUUGAAGGUAGCACAGCUUAUGAAGAAACAAGGUCUUUGGUUAUAUCGAGAAAAGAGGAUUGUGGGUGGUAUUCCCGGAGUUUCCAUUGGGGAUGUUUUCUUUUUCAGGAUGGAACUGUGUGUGGUUGGCUUGCACGGCCAGGCACAGGCCGGGAUUGAUUAUGUCCCUGCGAGUCAGAGCUCAAAUGGUGAACCUGUUGCCACAAGCAUUGUUGUAUCAGGGGGUUAUGAAGAUGAUGAGGAUGCUGGGGACGUGAUAAUUUACACUGGGCAUGGAGGGCAGGAUAAACAUAGCAGGCAGGUUGUGCAUCAGAAAUUGGAAUGCGGUAACUUGGCCUUGGAGAGGAGUAUGCAUUAUGGCAUUGAGGUGAGAGUUGUUCGAGGUCUUAAAUAUGAAGGUAGUACUCAUGGUAAAGUUUAUGUUUAUGAUGGCUUGUAUCGGGUAACUGAUACUUGGUUUGAUGUGGGGAAGUCGGGUUUUGGGGUUUAUAAGUUCAAGCUUGUUAGGUUGGAAAAUCAGGGACGAAUGGGAAGUGUUGUGUUGAAGUUUGCGGAGAGUCUUAGGACUCUGCAGUUGGACGCUUGGCCAAAGGGUUAUGUUUCACUUGAUUUGUCGAGUAAAAAGGAAAAUGUGCCUGUGUUUCUUUUUAAUGACAUUGAUGAGGAUCAUGAGCCGCUUUACUAUGAGUAUCUAACCAGCACGCGAUUCCCUCUACAUGUGUAUGAUCAUGGCGCAAAGGGGAUUGGCUGUGAUUGUGUUGGCGGGUGUUCAGAUAUUUGCUCUUGUGCAAAUAAAAAUGGAGGUGAGUUUGCAUAUGAUCUGAAUGGGAUAUUGGUGCAAGGGAAAUCCUUGAUUUUUGAAUGUGGUCCCCAUUGUCAAUGCCCUCCUACUUGCAGGAAUCGUGUUAGCCAAAAGGGGCUAAGGCAUCGACUUGAAGUAUUUAGGUCCCGGGAGACUGGUUGGGGAGCGAGGUCGCUGGACUUGAUCCAGGCAGGCUCUUUUAUUUGUGAAUUCACAGGGAUUGUUCUAACACACGAGCAAGCCCAGAUUUUCACGAUGAAUGGUGAUAGUUUGGUGUACCCAAGUCGAUUUCCUGAUAGAUGGGCUGAAUGGGGUGAUUUAUCACUGAUAUUCUCUGACUAUGUUCGCCCUGUGUAUCCAUCAAUCCCUCCUUUGGAUUUUGCCAUGGAUGUAUCAAGAAUGAGGAAUGUGGCUUGUUACAUGAGCCAUAGUUCCUGCCCAAAUGUUAUGGUACAGCUUGUGCUGUUUGAUCACAAAAAUAUAUCUUUCCCUCACCUCAUGCUGUUCGCUAUGGAGAAUAUCCCCCCAAUGAGGGAGCUUAGUCUUGAUUAUGGGAUGGCUGAUGAAUGGACGGGGAAGCUUUCUAUCUGCAACUAAAGUUUUUUGAUGUGUUGGUACGAUUUCAAUUGUUGUGCUGGGCAGCUUUCUGGGACAUGAUAUAUGCUAAGGAAUAACGUACAAUCCACCAUUUUUGGCUGAUUCUACUUAAUAUAGUUUGCCUAUGCAGACAGAAAUUUGGCAUUAUCUUUUUGUCAGCAGAUUUCAAGCCCAGCCUCCAAACUUUGUGCACCUCAUCAUGUUCUGUUUUGUAGGAUGCUUCAUUCUCUUUCGAACUUGUCCAAAUAAUUUUAACACAAUUUUGCUAUUUAUUCACCGUCCGAGUUUAGCUUGUGUCUAUGCAGAUGAUAAUUGAAUUAGACAGGAGACAAGUGCCAAGGAAAGGCUGUGAAAAGGUGAUAUCGAUGUAUGAAACCUGUUGGGACGAUGCAUUCCCUGUUGUUAGAAAAUUUACCAUGUAUUAAGUUCUGUACUGUGAGCUUGUAUACAAGAGAUUCGGUAUUGCAUAAAACUGUACAGAAAAAGUAGGUGCUUUUGGUAAUGUAUGAUUUCUUUUCUGUCAUUCUCUACUUUGUGGGUGGAUAACAAAGGGAGCCAGUUUCUGAUAAAUUCAACAGGCAGAGGUACAUUAUUUUUGUUUAUAUAUUUAACUAUAAAUGAAUUCGAGCAGAUUUUUGCUUUU